AAACCGAUGCGUAAAAUUAAUUCUUACUAUUUUCAUCAAGAGAAAAAACCCAGGGAAAAUACAGUAAAUUUUUCAUUUAUAAGGAUAAAUUUAUAUUGGUAUAAUACAAUGUUUAGUUAAAAUUGGAAUCUAUUAUAUCGAGAAUUUAGUCGUGUCCCAUAGCGCCCCCUAUGAUCUGGGCAAAACAAAAUGUUACCCUGUUGUGUUUAGGAUAGCAUGAAGACAUGUUCGAAGCAGUGAAAGACAUAGAGCUCAUGGAAAUAAGAAGAAUGACUUGAGAUAAUAGGACUGUAGGCAUGGCUGUUCAAGAGAAGUCGAGUAGAUUCAUAGAUUACUUUGUAAUCUGUGGACUGGAUGAGACAUGCGAGUUGGAACCGGACAAACUGUCAGGAGACCUUCAGCAAAGCCCACCGCUGGAACGUCGGUACAAGUCAAAAGUUCUUGCCCAUUUUCCUGAGUCGUUGCCAUCGAAUCCUUUUGACGAAAAUGCAAUUGGAAUGUUGUGCCUGCCUAGGGGUCUUUCCUUCAAGACACAGAGAGAUUCGAGGCAGCCGAAGUUUCACUCCUUUCUUAUCACGAGAGAGGACGGGUCUCGAAGCUAUGGGUCUGCCCUGGUGUUUUACGAGGAGGUCAGCACCAAGGCGGUGGUGGACACGAUGCAGACAUUGUACGUCAUGCACCAGGCCAACACAGUGGUCAAGUUUUCGCUGGAUAGCCCAGAGCCUGUGAAGAAGAUCUUGUCUGAUCGGAAAGAGAAGCAAGGCUCGUUCGAUGCCAAUAGAGAUCGGCUGUAUGUCAGCAAAUGCAUUUGCCUUGUCACACCCUUACCAUUUGUAAGGUCAUGCCAACUGUACCUACAGCAGAUCUAUGAAGCGUCGCAAAAGCCAAGCGAAAUAACCUUGACCCUGGAGUCGUAUGUGUUCAACCUGAUCUACGAUGUGCCGUUGCCGCCGCCCGGGAGAAGCAUGAAGUUCUUUGCGUGCUCGAAUCCGAUCUACGUGCUCAGGCCAAGUGGCGGUGAACUCCCGAUGUUUGACUUCUCGCUCUACGACAUGUUCAAGCUGCUGGGCGUGGACAACAUUGUGGACAUCCUAAAGUGUGUCCUGCUGGAGCAUCAGAUUCUGCUCUACUCGUCAGAUUACCAGCGGCUGAUGCUGGUGGCAGAGGGCGUGUCGGUUCUGGCGUUUCCCUUCCAGUGGCAGCUCGUGUACGUUCCCAUUCUCCCCGCCUCCAUGCAGCAUUUCCUGGACGCCCCAGUGCCGUUCAUUAUGGGCCUUUACCGACCGAGAAAUUCGGACAAGUCUCAGCUUGUGUUGCCAUCAGAGGCUAACAUGUGCUUUGUGGACAUAGACAACAGAGAGCUGGAGGUCCCUGAAGAUUUGCCCACAUUUCCUUACCAGUCUGAUCUGAAAUCGGAGCUCACACAGGUGUUGAAUAAAUACCAGACCCUGAUUGGAGCGGAGAAAAUGUGUCGCAGUUAUCCCACCACGCCACGUCGGGAUUCGGGUCCAAAAGCGGGUCAGACAUUACGUCCGGACGAGCAGUCGACGGCGGGUAGCUGGCCCAAUUCCCCCAAACGGAAAGAUGUCCUCCAGCAGAGUGAGGCGUGGAAAAAAAUCUCCAGCCUGGCCAAAAAGACGGGUGUGUGGGACUCGAUAGAAGACAUUGUUCUCGAGGAUUCCAGCCCGGGCGAGAAGGAAAAGCAGAAAGAUUUCAGCCUGUCGCCCCCGCAGAGCUCCGACUACGACGGCAUGCCGGUGCCGGAGAUAAACGACCUGAAAUUCAACAACACCGUGAGAGAAAUAUUCCUGAACUGCUUCGUGCACAUGUUCGCGUCGUAUGAGAACUUUGUUAUCUUCCCCUCGCAGGACUUUGAGUCCUGGCUGAGCAAUCGGGAGAGCAUGCACACUUUCGACAAAGCGGCCUUUCUCAGCGACCAGCCGGCGGCCCACCUGCCUUUCCUGUCGGCCUUCACGGAGACGCAAAUGUUCACCUCGCUCAUGGACAACAAGAUUGUGUCGCAGUGGGAGGCUCCUGAGCCUUCGCUCCGCCUCUUUGACUCCAGGAUAACGGACCUCCGGGGCGCGGCGGGUGGGGAACCUCGAAUCAUCACAUACAACCCUUGUUACACGAUAGAAGACACAGAGCAGUAUAUCGAACGCAGGGCAAAACAUGUCGACUACUGUGCCAACCGUCCACACGAAAUCGCCAGCCACACCUCGCCCAGCCAGUACGUUGCUGGGGUUUUCCCCUUGCUCAGCAAAGAACUACUUAAUUCAGAGCCAGCCAACUCCAAGUCCAAGUUCCGAGAGAACGCCAAAUGGAGGAGAAAAGAUCGUCAGAUGCAGCACAAGGAACAUCUUCAGGCAAACGUCGACCCGGACACGCAGGAGUUUGUCGUCGCGGAAAUGCACGCCAAGCUAUGGCUUCAAUACAAAAGAGUUCGCCAGCCCCAGAUCUCGGACAUGUCAGCGGCCGGAGUGGCACAGACCAACUGGAAGUUUGUGGAGACUUUACUCAAGGAGUGCAAGAUAAAGACCAAGAAGAUGUUGGUGGACAAAAUGGGUCAGGAGGCGGUGGAACUGGGUCACAGCGAGGCCAGCAUCACAGGCGUGGAGGAGAACACGCUCAUUGCCAGUCUGUGCGACCUGUUGGAGAGAAUCUGGUCACAUGGUCUGCAGACCAAGAAGGGUAAAUCUGCGGUUUGGUCGCACUUGCUGAGCUACCAGGAGGUGGAGGAGUGCAACGAAAACAACAAACCAGUAGAUCCGAACCUGUUGGCCCCAGGUCUCCCCAAGAGGAAUAGCUUGAUCGAUCUCAAAUCGUUGGUAGAUGGCUCUAUCACGAUUCUCGGACGAUCCAUCUCGCUGAGCAAUCUGUCCACCAUCGGUCUGGACUCGGACAAAGAGAAGCCACCGGAGAAGACGCAUCGUCGACGCAGCAGCCAGGGGAGGAUAGAGCUGCCCGUGCUACGUCCCAUGCCCAAGUCGCUGCUCAUUGACAUGAAGAAAAUCCAGCAGAUGUCAGACAUCCACACGGAUGUGGGUCAGACCCGGGCCCUGGUGCGGCUGGCCUUAGAGAGGAAGAUGUUGUCCACUCACCUAAAGCAGCUGCUGGCAGACACGGACCUGCUCAGGAGCCUGUACAAACGCUAUGCCUUCCUGCGCUGUGAGGACGAACGAGAGCAGUUCCUCUACCAUCUGCUCUCACUCAAUGCUGUUGACUUCUUCUGCUUCACCAACAUGUUCCCCAACACUGUGGUUCCGUACCGCGUGCUGAUCUACCCGAGCACCAAGCUGGGCUGCUCCACCACCAGCGCCCGCGUCUGGGUCUCUGUGGCCGGACAGCUCUCCGAGACGGGGCUCAUGGAGGUGCCCAAGAGUCUGCUGGAGCUCAAGUUUGACCACAAGAACCUGGGUGUGUUGACCACUCUGCGCAUCGGCCACGACAACACGGGCAUGAUGCCGCGCUGGCUGGUGGAGUACGUGCUGGUCAGGAACGAGCUCACUGGACACACCUACAGGUUCAACUGUGGCCGGUGGCUGGGGCGUGGCGUGGACGACGGGAGCACGGAGAGACUCCUGGUGGCAGAGCUCAUGCACCACACCAUUGACACGGAAGACGAAGUUGUUGUCACGUCUCCUCCUAGAACGUGUUCUCCGAAGUCGCCACGGAAACAUCAGGAUGCUAACGCUGGUUUGGCGGAGAUCCAGGAGAAUCUAGGUCAGGCUGUGAAUAAUCUGGUCAAACACUUCUAUAAACAGGAGAAGGAGCGUGGCAACAUCACGUACCUUCUGUGUGGGGACAAGGGCCUGGUGCACUGCAUGGAGCAAGUCUUUCAGUUCGGCUUCCGGUCCUCGAGGCUCUUCCGCAACAAGAUCUUCAUUUGGGAUUACAUGGAGCGUCUCAAAGUGUUCUUUGAGAAUGCCCUUUCAGUCUCCUCCUCGCGUCAGCUGUCGGAUGUGCACAAAGCUGGUUACUGGCUGUUCUGUGACCUGGUGGGCAAGAUAAACACGGCGUCGGACACAGUGGGCAAGGACGGGAAGUUCCAGGUCUUCAUCUGUGUGGGCAUCAGAAAACGUUGCCUGCACCGGUGGCUCCCCCUGAUGUCCAACACGACGGUGACGGCACAGAUGUACGAGGAGAACUCUUUCCUGCGCACGCCCUCGCACAUCAACUUUGUCAUGCACAUCCUGGACUCGCUCACAGAGUUUGACAUUCCACUGGAGGCCUCCCUGCUGCGUGGCAUUGACAUGGAACUGUAGUGGCUGUUGUUGCUGCCUGCGUGGAGUGGAUGUGUACCUGCGUAGCUGCCCUAAGUGGAUGUGAUGACCCACAGUGGCUAAGCAGGGUUGGUGUGGACCUGUGUGGCUGCUUGAAGUGGAUGUGAUGACGCAUGGCUCCACAGGGUUGGUGUAGACCUGAGUGGCUGCCCCAAAUGGAUGUGUACCUGUGUGGCUGCUUUAAGUCAAUAUGAUGACACAUGGCUCUGCAGGGUUGGUGUGUAACUGUGUGGCUGCUCAAAGUGGAUAUUAUGAUGACUCACAGUAGCUAAGCAGGGUUGUUGUGGACCUGUGUAGCUGCUCUAAUUAGAUGACAUGUGGCUCCACAAGGUUGAUGUGAAGCUUUGUGCCUGGUCUUUGAAGAUACAAUUACAGGAGGCUGUGCAUGGUUGAUGUGCAGCUGCGUGCCUGCCGUGUCUUGGAUGACAUGUUCGCACAAGCUUGGACAGAGUUGAUGUAGAGCCGCCGCUUGGCCAGAGUGGGUCAGUGUAGUUCUGCUUUGUGGCUGCGCAGGCUUUGUAUAGACUGGGCUGAGGUGGUUUAGUGCUGCGUGGCGACGCUUGGUCGAUAUAAUGCUGCGUUACUGAGCUUGGUGGAUGUUUCGCUGGAUAGACAUGGCAAUCUGUACUGAGUGCGUGGCUGCAUUCGGUUAAUAUGGCUCUUCUUUGUGGCAAUGUGGGGUCCGUCUGACUUUGUGCGGCUGUUUUAGGUCGAUGUGGCAUGUGACGAAGCAGGGUUGAUAUGCCUGAAUUUUUGCAGCAUGAUAUUGGCAAAGAUUUACACCUAUCCCUUUCAGAAAUACCGAUUUGAAACAUCUAACCAUGCUGCAUUGACAUUGAUUUCUGAUGGUCAGUGGCUCUUUAGAUUUAGGCAGAACUAUGGUCGUGUGUGAUAAAACAGCAAUCAAUGGAGAUUUUGUGGCAGUGUGGGGCACAUUAUACAUUAACCAUCAACGACUGUCGGCAACCCGUGGUUCCUUUGUGCUCAGAAACCCUGUGGAAAUGACCUUGGAAAGUUCAUAGAUUGAGUGAAGAAACUCCAAUUGUUUUACAUGGUCAUCGGUGGACAUUUUAAAAACUGAUUAAAUUUCAGAUUGGGAUAACUGAACAUUUCAACCCUCUAUACUAUCCUGCUGCUUGGCACAUGUCAAAGAAGUGAUGUGGCCAUGCUUUUUAAAUCAUGCUGUUGACAGAGAGGAAAAAAUUCCACCAUUCGAUAACUCUGGCAUCUUGCUCUGGUAUGCUUAGAAAGAUAUCGAGCCAAAAUUCAGAUGGAAUGCUAAAGAAACCAAUGUGGCUGUCGUUGAACAUUCUUCCCUCAGCAUCCUCUUAGAAAAUUAUCAGUGAAAAUCUUUUAACUCACACAGUUUUACAGCGAGUUACAAUUUGGAAUUUUUUCCCCAUAGCUGAAGUUUUAUUCAGAUGGAUCACAGUGAGGUUGUUUUUCAGGUUAGUUCUCUAAAAAUGAUCAUGGAAUUUUGUUCCCCCCCCCAUUGUUGAGUGAUUUAUUACCAAAAUCUCAAGAUCAAUCUCUCAACCAUAAGGAAAUUUGUUUUAAUGUGCAAGGGGGUCUUUCAUUUAUACAGCCAAGGUGUGGUUACAUCUUUUCAUUGUUGCAUGUCGGGGGAGCCCUUAGGUCCUUGUAAUAAUGUGUCACUCGGCUCAUGCUCUUGAUAAACUGACUCCCUGCAGUUCUUUUAUGUGCUCUGAAUCUAAGUCAAGUUUUUUUUAAAGGGUAAAUAAGGCCCCUGGCUGUUGAUGAGAUCCCGGGAUUGCAAAAGAAAGCCACUUUUUCAAUCGUGUAAUUUGUUUGUCUUUGUUGGAACAUCUAAAGGAAGUGAUGGCCUUUUGUAGAUAUGGCUGAAGAGCGUGGAUUGGAGGAGUUUCUUUCUUCGCUGUAAUUAUCCGAAAGAAUUCUUGACUAACGAUGAUGCGUUUACCUUGUUUUCUGUGAAAGAUUAUGAUGAUAACUACUAUGCAGUCUGGGCAUUUUUUCUUUUUUUUUUUCACGGGUUAUCCUGAAUAUUUUUAAACUUUCUUACCGACCGGCUCUUUGUUUCUCAUGUAUAUUUCUGUACAGAAUUGUGUGACGAUCCGGUUUUCAUGCCAUUGUGUCAUCAUUCUAGCACUCCAGCCUGUCAUUCCAUGCUGUGGCUUCUUUUUACCUGCUGUGUAUAACAUAGCGACUUUUUUGCUGUUAAACUCUUAUGAAUUUCUGAUGAAUACUUGUUCUGCUAGUUGCCAAAAUGGAUUCCUUGUCAUGAGUGGAUUGGUUAAAUACUAACAAUGUUUUUAGGAAAAAUUUUACUCAUGUAUUUGUAAGGCUGUGCUACUUUUUUUGUGGUUUAUACUUUAACGAAGUCAUAUUUUUUCUUUUAUGUGUGUGUGUGUGUGUGUGUGUGUGUUUAUCAUCAAUCAGAUAUGAGUUCCUUCUUGUUUGUAUUUUUACUUCACCAGUUGUGUGUUUGUAGCAUAUGAGCUAUAUUUUAUUUGUUUAUAUUGUUUUCUUUUUCAUUGUCUCUCCUUUAAGGGCUUGGGCACUAAACCAUAUGUACCUUUUUGGUGCGAUGAAGGAAAGCUUAUGUCUUUCUGGAGGGAUGAACCACUAACACUGCACAUUCAUGGGUUUGCACCCUGACAAAAAGUAUCUAGAGGAAAUGAUUCUGCUUGCGGUUUCUCUGAUUUUGACCAUCUUUCUUCGGACCAGCAUCAUUGGUGCGAUGAUUAGGCUCUUCGCUGUUGCCCUUGAAAGAAAUUUGUUCUCUUCUCAGUUGGAGAAGUCUAUUUUUGUGGAGUGUCUCCAUCUUUCUGCCAGGAUACUGUAUUCCUUUCAGCCUGGGCUGACCCUCACAGACAGAACCGAGGCAGCCGGCCCCCUGAAUGGUCCAAAUGUUGUCGAUAGAGGCCUAAUACAUUUUACAAUCUUACAAUCAGCCAUCCUUCUGAGAAUGUUAUGUUUUUGUUUUAGCUUGUGUCAAGAUUUCAGAGUUAAUGCAGGAUGUGGCCAGAUAUUCUGUUGCGUCAGGCAUUAGAUAUAUUUAGACGUAAGAAUUUGCGAGAUUGUGUGUAUAUAUAAGUUGCUGGACAUUGUAAAUAAAAAGUUACCAGAUUGUUUAGGGUGUUAGAAAGUGGAAGUCUGUGAAACAAGCUAACAGAUUUAACCUGUAAGAAGCUCUCAGAUUUUUCAUAUAUAAGAAGUCGGUUAAUCUUGUGUGUUUGACAGCUGAUGUAUUUCGCGAAAGAAACCAUCUGAUAGGCAGACGUGUGUGUGUGUGUUUGGAUGCCUUAGCUCAUCACCACCGUCCACUAGCCUCUUUGUUUAUUUAUCGCGACCUCAGUGCUUUCUUGUUGUAUCUCCUAUUUUUUAAACAGUGAAAACAGUUCGUAACAAUGAGUGCAGUGAGCUUAAGAAGAAGUCACAUUUUCAAUGUAAAAAAAAAUGGCGAUACGACAAGAAAGCACUGAGGUCGCGUUAUGUUUUAUAUCGGUCAUCCCAGGCCGCAGUGUCCUGCCCGCUCAAAUUCAAGACGCUGGUCCUUUCCUUGUACAAAAGCAUUCGGAAAGGAGAAACUUCUUCAUUGGCAUCUGUGGUGUAAAGAUUUGAGCACUUUGCCGUCACAUGCACGAGACCCCAAAUUCAAUUCCCGAAGAGAGAAUUUUCACGGAGUAUCUCGGUCGUUCUGCUGGUAUGUUUUGUAUCUUUCUCUGCCUGGGUUGGCCCUGACUGGCAAGGUUGAAGCCCGCCUUCUAAAUGAUCUAAAUUGUGUUUAUGGGGGCAUAAAACAUCUGCG